AUGAAAUUCUUUGCCUCACGUGCAGGUAAGAUUACCGCUGUUGUGGUGGGUAUACCUACCCUAGGGGCCGGGGGAUUGGGAACGUACGUGAGGUACCGACAGUAUACCAAGCCUGCCAGACACGUUUUUAAAUCAUUAGUAGACCAGAAAGGCAAUUUAAUUUUAGAGGGAAAAGGAAUUUUAUGCCCUAGUACGUUUUCCAUCUUCUGCCGAAUAGUAUACAUUAGCGUCAUUUUUGUUCCUUUGGCAGUUCUCUAUAUGUUAAUGUCGCUACGUGAAAGUUGGUAUAGAGUAUGGCUUAAUCUACUUCUCCAGGGUGUCCAGCGUUGUGGUCCGGUGUUUGUGAAAAUAGGCCAGUGGGCAUGCACCCGAGAGGAUCUCUUUUCUCGUGAUUUCCGUCAGGUCUUUAAGCGUCUAUAUAAUGAGGUCGACGUGCACUCCUUCUCUGAGACUUUUAGAAUUCUGAAGGAAGAGCUCGGCACUGACCCCUCGGAUGUCUUUGAUUUUAUCGACGAAAAAACUCUCGGUUCUGGAUCGAUUGGACAGGUCCAUCUCGCGAAGUUAAAGAAUAAGGAUACUCGCGUCGUGGUCAAGGUGAUGCACCCGAACAUCAUGGAGACGAUUGUUCGCGAUUUUGUGAUUUUAAACCACAUAGCCGUCCUGAUGCACCGCUACCUAUCCUUUCUUGAGCACUACAACACCCCGGCGUUGGCCCACAACUUCGCCAAUCACCUCGCGGCCCAGUUGGACUUCCGCAUUGAGGCCGAAAACCUGCUCCAAUUCCGUGCCAACUUCCGCCGGGAGCGCUACGUAGAGUUCCCUGAGCCCCUCCUGUUCACCCGCCAAAUCCUUGUGGAGACGUUCUGUGACGGGGUGCCGGCCGACCCCGACUUCAUGGCCUCCCUCCCCUCGCACGCUCGUGACGUGCUGGCGGGGAAGGGGCUUAACACCUGGUGUAAGAUGCUCCUGCGGGAUAAUUUUAUCCAUGGGGAUAUGCACCCGGGGAACAUUCUUAUUCAGUGCAAGGAUUAUCAUGAACCGAGUAUCACCCUUAUCGACGUCGGGCUUUGCCAGCAGCUGACCGAGCACGAGGCAGCCUUGUCGGAGAAGUUGAUCGAGGCGUUUGUGCGGUGGAACUCUGAUUUGUGCGCGGUGAAUAUAUGGAAUAUGUCCGAUCGCCAAGAAUACGCCAGCUGUGAUCGUUUCAAGGCGGACAUCAACCAGGUUUUCAAGCAAUGCCGUUCUUUUCGGAAUGAAGGAGGUGCCAUCACCAAAACCUUGCAGUACGUCUUCGAUGCUAUUCGUUCCAAUUGUGUGCAGAUGGAUCCCCCGUAUGUGUCGUUACUUUUCUCGGUUUUAGUAUUGGAGUCGUUCCUGAUGAGUUUGAAUCCGGAUUUUAACAUCGUGCGCCACACCGCCCCCUGGCUGGUGAGUGAAGGGCACAUCUCGAAAGGGAUCUUCAAGAACUUAGUAAAAACUCAACGGGAUCGGGUUAAACGGGGGUAUGGCAUUUUUACCGGCCGUCUGGGCGAUAUGUUGGGUUUUAGCAUCGUAGCUGACCCACGAACGUGA